CAAGAUACAAGUAAGCUUCAAAUAUGCUGCCUCUAGUUGGCACAUCAAGCACCACAACAAUUGCUCAGCAUUCCUCAUCUUAUUCAUUCAUCUGUGUUUUUAUACAACAUUUGUUAUUUAUAAAUACACUUUUCUUACAAUUUCUGUGCUGCCUUUAUAAAAGAUAAGGGGUCUUCACACAUGAAUAAAGGAAGUAGCAACCACUACACUCUUCUUCUUCAAGAUGAGGCAGAGACUGAUGGAGUGUGCCUAGAGGAAGAGGAAGAGGAAGUAGAAGAUGGACUAAAUGGUAUUGAAGGGGAAGAAGAAGAGGAAGAAGAGGAGGAGGAGGAAGAGGAAGAUGAGGAUGAGCCCAUGGAGGACAGUGAUGAAGAGGAAAUCUUCAGUAGCAGCAAGCAUCGCUCUCUUCCACACCAUGAAUGUUCGAACCUCAAUGGCCAAAAUCAUCUGGGUAAAAAUGGAGGACAUGGAAAUGAGUACCAGCUUUUGAACAACAAUGAUGCUGACCUCAAGACAGUCUUGGACACCCCCAUCACCAUCUGGACACCUACUCCCAUGUCUCCAGCCCGACGAGCCUGUUUCAUUGCCUCCAUCAUGUUUGGCAUCCUGGUGGUGGCAACCUUCCUGUGGGUGUUGCCAUGUGACGUUCAGCCUUGUGAGGGGGAGCUAGCAAUGCGGGAUACAGAGUGGGCUGUCAAGAUUGAAAGAAUGGUCAUAAGCCAGACACAACUAGUACAAAGGCUCACUGGGGGCCAUAAUGUGCUGCUCAGUUACCAUCCUUCAGUCAACAUAUCCAGUUGGGAUCCGGACAAUUCUUCACUUCUAGAAGAAGAACAAAUUCAGUUUGACUCCCAGUUUGAUUGUACAAGUUGUGUCCAGGGAACAACUGGCAAUGGCCAUUGUGGUCUUCUCAUGCUGGAUGGAAACUUGGGUAGAAAAAAUUGGCGUGUUCCCAUGAGAGAAUGUGCUGUAGGGCUGCAGUGUGAUUUGCUUGAUGUUAGUGGAGAUGGUGUGCCAGAUUGCAUUGUGCGAGGCAGUAACACAAUGCUCUUUGUAAUUGAGGUGCGCUAUGGCAACAUCUUAUGGCAUGCCCACCAACACAGGGCAAGUGAUUCUAGUCAUUCCUCUCAACUUUCAACUGCAGCACCACAGCUAUCAGUGAAGUUACAUAAUCCAGGUCCAGCUGUUCUCAUACCAGAUGUUAAUGGAGAUGGGUAUGAAGAGUUGUUGUUCCCUGGCAGACUUGUCCCAGAACAAGCAGAGUCCCCUAGCCAAGAGUACAGCAGCUCUGAGACCCAGAUGCCUGAGACAGAUCCGUCACCUUACUCAAAUCAUUUAGUUUUAGUCUGUGGACAGUCAGGUAGCAUUCUUGGCUCUCCUUUUGUGUUGAAGCAGUGCCAAAAGAUUCUCUCUACCAUGGUGCAUGGCAAAGAUUUAUCAUAUACCUGCCUAACUUUUGGAAAUGUGGAGGAGGAAGAUACAAUAUCCAUCAAAGCUCUGCUACAUCAAAUUUUGGGUGACACUUCCUCUUCAGAGGAGCCAGAGACUUUUCAUAAGUUGAAACAGAUAAACAAUCAACAUGCAUCACCCAGCAACCAGCAAAAUUUGUGUGAACUGUUUGUAUUUAAUAAUGGUGUUUGCCCUCAGUGUCAGUCCAAGGUUAAACUAAAAACUGAUGAUGGUGAGGUCCUCUGGCAAAAAGACUAUGAACACAGUACUGUAGUGUCCUGGGCACCUCUUCUCUCUGAUAAUAAAUGCCAUGGAGCAAUUUUGAAGGUAUGGGAGUUGAGGCAUGUCACUACCACCGUCAAGACUGCUAAGCCACCACCUGCCAUGAACCGGAGGACCACGCGUAGCAGCCUGGUUAGUGAGGAAAUGGAAAACUUUGAAACUGAGCCUACAUAUAUUGAAAAAGAAAGUGAAGAUGAAAUUCAUCAGAAAAUUUCUUUAGAGGAAAACAGCACCUCAGAUUCUCAUGAGAAAUUAGAAGUGCCCAGUGAAGUCUUCCUGAAGAGUCCUCAGAAAGUGAGUCAAGAGAAUCUAAUUAAAACUGAAGGAAGGGACAGCCAUCCAGAUUUACAGCCUCCAACAACACUAGAAAGCCCAAGAGCUAGAAGAGACUUCCUUCAUAAGCUUCCUGAGCAAUAUCAUGAACAUUCAGUCCACAGACAUCACAAUAAGCAAAAUUCUGCCAGUCAUGAGAAUCACAGCCAACACACACUACACUUUGCCUCUACUGAAGAACAUCUCCAACCAGACAAUACACAUGACCAAGAGAAUCUUUAUUCUUCUAGAAAAGCAUCCACAACUGCAUCAGUGCCGAGUUCUUUCCCAGCAAGCAUGAGAACAAUUCAUCCCACCAUCCUUGCACCAUCAGGCUAUCAGCUACAACAGAUACAUGAGCGAUUGGCUCUAUUGAGAAGUAAUGGCACAGUCUGGCAUGAAGAGACUCUAACCAGUCUUGGUUUGGGAAUCAUUCGACUCUGCAGAAGUGAAAACUCAUGCUUACCCUCCAUAAAAUCCCAUAGCAAAUCAGUUGCUGUCUCUACUGGAGUGAAGGAGAGAAUCUGGCAGCUAGUGUCCAGCAGUACAACAUUUGAUAGCACUGCAGUCAGUGGAGAUCAGCAACAUGCUUCUCCAUGGACACUAACAUCCAUCGUAAGGAAAAUCAUUGUUUUAGUAUAGUGCGUGUCAUUUGGACACUUGUGUUAAAGUUAAUUUGGAAUUGUAGAUACAGGAUAUUGUUACAGCUAAUGAAAAUCAAAGACUGCCUCUGUUUUCAAUAUAACUUUGUUGUUUUGUAGCUCCUUGUACAAAUUAAGGAGAUAUUCAUUACAUGCUUAGAUAAAGCUCUUAAAUAAAGAUUAUAUUAGUAACAUGUAUAGUAUGGCUGUUUUGGGGAGAUUAAUGCCAUACCUUGCUUCAUGCUUUUGUGAAAUAUUAUUAUAAGGCUAUUGUACUUGUAUAUUUUUUGCUAAUCACAUAAAAUGAAGCUUAUCAAGUUUAUAGAUGUGUGUGGGACAGUGAAAUGUUGACACCCUGGAAAAAAUAAGGUUACCCACAGAUUACUGGUUUUUGAUCGCUUGAACCUUUCAUUUUUCAUCUAUUGCUAUUGCUUCUCUUUAGAGAUGUGAUACAGCAACCAAUUUAAGUGUUUUAUCCAAAAUAUAUGAAUAAUAACCAAAAUGUCAUACUUCUAACAUGAUCCCUAUACAGUACAAUGCUACCCUCCACCCAUCAACCAUAAUAUCAAAGUGCUUGUUGUAUCUACUUGAAACUGUCCAAAGAACGUCAUAUCUUCUCAGUUAGGUGUUCUACUCUAACACACACACACACACACACACACACACACACACACACACACACACACACACACACACACACACACACACACACACACACACACACACACACACACACACACACACACACACUACAUACUAUAUAGUGACAUAAUGACAAUUUCCUAUAGUUUGUUACUGUUUUCUGGCAGGCCUUCUUUAUUAGGAUUUUAGUUAGAAUUCAUCAAUAUUGUUUAAAGUGUUGCCUAACAGUCUUAUACCUCUGUAGUUGCUACAUAUAUCUAUUUAAAUGCUAUCUGCUUAUAAGAUCACUUUGUGCCAGCAACCUACUCCUGCAGUAUUGAAUUGCUUUUUCCAUGCUGGCUUACAUAUCAUCAAUACAUUUAGUCCAUCAUGGAUGCAUUUCCAAAGAUCAAUAUUGUAUCUCAUCUAUUUCCAUGUUGUUUCCAGGUCUCAGCCCCUCCCCCCAACCUCUCUCUCUCUCUCUCUCUCUCUCUCUCUCUCUCUCUCUCUCUCUCUCUCUCUCUCUCUCUCUCUCUCUCUCUCUCUCUCUCUCUCUCUCUCUCUCUCUCUCUCUCUCUCUCUCUCUCUCUCUCUCUCUCUCUCUCUGCCUUUUUUGCAUUAAUCAUAUCUUUAAAAUAAUCCAUUCAUACUUUUUCAAUAUGUAAAUGUUGUCAUUCAGACUCCUUUGAAUACUGAAUGGAAUUGACAAAUUAAAUUAAAGAUAUUAUUUUGGUAAACCACAUCCUCAGCAGUUCAUAUCCUUAGUGACCUGCAGGUUAGGAAAGAUCAUAAAUGGUAUUAGAUUUAAUUUGAAAAAGAUUCCUAUAAUUGUUUGCCAUUAAAAGAUUGUUACAAGGCAUUUAGAAAAUUGUACGUGUGAGUAGAUUAGUGGACACAACUUCUGACAGGAGAUUCCUCCCUCCUUUUUAUAAUAAAUAAUUUGGCCAAGCAAUAGUUACUGAGAUCUGUCAAAAGAAAAUACAUCUUUGAAACUGGCACAAUGUGGUUAACAAAAAAUAUAUAUAUAUUUUGACAUUCAUUUAUAUCUCUUAUAUUUAUUUAUUUUUUAUUUAAUUAAUUUGUUUUUUAAUCCUUCAUUCCUCAUCAUUGAUAAAUCUGAGAAAAGCAUUAACACUAUAGCAAACCUUUUGUAACUACAUUGAGGAUAAGACUGUUGUAUCUAUUGUCUAUUAUUAUUAUUAUUAUUAUUAUUUUAUUUUAUUUUAUUUUUUUUUAUUAUUAUUAUUAUCAUCGUUAGUUAGUUUUCCUUAUACACAAUUUCUGGCCUUUUUAUAGUUUAAGGGGAGUGAUAAAGCUUGUGGUUUAGAGUGUUUAUAAUUAGAGAAGUCUCUUGGUCAAAUAUAGGUUAAGCCAUACCAGAAGUUGGUAUGAAAACAGGAUGUUAUUCAUUUGUAGCUUAGAAUUGGAGCCUAAGUUACUUUGUAAUCUCAUGGCUCAGUUAGCAUAGACACUGACCUCUCCACACUACAUGCUUUAUUUCCUGUCCUUUAUCUCCCUUAUUUUGUGCAAUAAUUCCUUGAUUCAUUAAUUAUCAGACAGAAGAAUGAUAUCAGAUUACAGAUGUCAAAUAAAGUUUGAAAUGACAGAAUAAUGCUCAUUCAAGUCACAGCUAAAAAUAUGUUCUGAAUAUUAGGUAGGAUGUUAUUAGAUCUUAUAUAAGAUUGAAGGGUAGGGUGGUAAGCAGCUUUUAAUCUCUAGUUGCUGAUGCAAGACAACAGUGGCUGUGUGCAUGUGUUGGCUCUCACUGUGCCAAGCUGCUGUUAUCUUGUGCCUACAGUUUGGCAUGAAGUUGUUCAUCACUCUUACUUUCCAUCUAAUCCAAAAUUUAAUAAUGCCAUUGUUUUCAGAAAUUUAUCAUACACCACUAUAUUUAUGUUAUGAUAAUUCCAUGAGAAAAGGAGCAUAGGGCAAAAAGUAAUAUAAAUAUUUUCAACUCUGUUCAUGACUCCCACUCAUUAUCUUGAUUAUUGUUUGUCAAUUUUAAUUUUAUUUUAACACAUUCAUGAUCUGCUAUCAUUCUUUUAUCCAGUGAUAAAUAAACCAAGUAAAUAUUACGCUAAAUAAGAACAGUAUAAGAAAGAGAAUUAAAAUCUAUGGUGUGGUGAGGUGGGCAUCUACAUUCAGUGGGAGGGAGGUUCACUGAGCCACAGCUACAAGAUUACAAAAAUAGCUUAGGCUCUAGUUGCAAGCUAUGAGUGCAUGGACUAUAGUCAUGGAUGAAAUAUCCACUGGUUUGUUUUUAUAUAUGUAUAUAACUUUGGAUACAGUGAAUAUUCUCUGCAUAUAGAUGUAAAGCUCAGUAUGAACUGUGCAGGUGAAUGGACUUAUGGUUGUUCAAAGGUUGAGCCUUGAACAUAGAAAUGUGUAUUUACAUGCUUGUUUGAAUGAAAGGGCUUGAGUUUUGGAAUGAAUAAGUUUUGUAACAAGUGAUAUAAUUACUGAUAUGAUUUGCAAUAAUUAUAAUGUGCCUCUGAAAACCUCCUCCACAUCUCACUUGGGAUCCUCAGGUGCUUGUAGCACCUCAUGGAUGCUGUCAUUUGAUAGUUUUCAGAUUUGCUCAAUGGACUAAUUACAGUAUCCUUGCAGUGUCACUAAUUGUCCAACAUUGACUUGGUGAAGUUUCAUCGUGUGACAUAAUUACUCAUAUUCUUUUGCUACGUCAUGUCCUGUUGAAUCCAUUUUUCAGUUACAUUUGAUUUUUCAGGUAAUGUGAAUUUACUGCUUCCAUUCUCAAACAAACAUAUGUAUCAGCAAAGUACCAAAUGUUUGUUGCUGAAUUUGGGUGUGGCCACAGGGGAGGGGAAGAAUAGGGUGUUUAUAUUCUGGUUUUGAAUUAUCCAUCUACCUCAUGUAAUUAUGAUGCAUCCAACUAUGAUUGCAUUUUGCACACUCUUUAUUGAAGUAAAAAGACUUGCAUUACUGAGCAGUAUUUGGCAGUAAUGUGUUAAUCAACAAAAUCACAACACAGACAUGAUACAAAGUAACAUUUAUAUUGAGCAUGAGUUGCAGUAUGGAAAGUUAAACCUCCUCCAGGUCUUCCCCUUCACCCCACUAUUUCUCUUUUUCGAAGUAUCUGGCCACAGCAUUAGAUUCUGAUGAUGGUCAUGCACCUGACACUUUUCCAGUCUUAGUAUGUGUAAGGAUUUAAAUCUCUGCUUAAAGAACUGGAGACAAAUCAUCUAGGUGCCAAUGAAUGCAUUUAUUAUUAUGUGUGGCCUCAUGUAUGUGCUUCAUGUAUUCUAUGUCUGUCUGAUUAUGACAUAGAAUUUCCAAGUCACUCCACUGUUUCCUUUGUACCGGUGCUUCUGUGUUAUCUUGUCCUGAAGCGGUGUACUGUUGUUUACCAUGUCUGCACUUACUUGCUGGUGGAAGCUCCACUUUUAAUAAUUGUGGGCUGGAAUUGCCCUUGAAUUGCUUGAAUAUAUUUUUCUAACUGGAUCUCUUAGUAAGUAUGACAGAUUUGUUGUGUAUGGAGCUGUUUGACCAAAAUUAUAUUAAUUCAAUACAUUUCUUUUAUUAGAAAGCAAAUGGGGGUUUCUGCAAAACCAUUUUGGUUUUGUUGUCAUCAAGACAAAAUUGUACUUUUUAUAUGAUAUGUACAUGUAUUUGCAGUAUAGUAUAACUAUUGCAUGCAAGGCUCUGGUUGUGUGAAGAUGCACAAACUGUAAGGUCACUUGUUCAUAACAAAUGCAAUCAAAUUAAUGUUUACAUUUUCUUGUAAACCAGAAACUUGUAUACAAUGUUACAAAAUAAAUAGUCAUAGUAAAUGUGUUAACUUACUAAGUAUAGUCAGUAUUAUUUUUCUAAGAAUUGUUUUACCUUGUAGAAACACAUUUAUUUAAAAAGAAGUAUUGUAAGUGCUAUCUGCAUUAGACUGUAGUCUAGAAAAGUAAUUACGUAUGUGAUAUAAUUUCGGGUUUGUAGCCACAAUGGAAACAAGUUAAUUGAAUGCAAUGACUGGCUGUUGUGGCAUUAAAUGCAUUUUUAUUGUCCAGAUUAUAAAUUAACAAAGCUUAA